GGACCCCUUCAGUCGCUGGUGCGCUCUGACCAAGGUAACAUCGCCGCAAAACCCUUCUCUCUCUCUCUCACACUCUUUCUCUCUCGGUGGCCUUCCUCUACCCCAACUCCGACGGACACUCUAGCAUAACGGCCCGCCACAAGCAGCACUAUACCAAGUCGUGGUCCACCCUUCAUUCGGGACUUGUAAGGAAUUUUCACAACAGCAACAACUACAACAACAACAACAACAACAACAAUAAUAUUUGUUUGUUGAGAGUUUAGCUGCGUAGAGCUCUGCGAAUUGGCCCGGUUGGUUACUUCUUCUUCUGUGUAUUCCUGUGACCUAAUUCCCAAUUACCAGAGGAUGACGGCUUUUGGCAAACCACCCACAAAGAUGGAGGAGAAGGUGGUUGGUGGCAAAGAGAAGAAAUACGUUCUCUACACCGUCGUCGGCGAGGAGCGUGGGAGGGCGGGUGCCGGGGUAUGGGUCGUCCGCGUCCUCCUGGGCACCCUGUUGCUCGUGGCCCUGGCUGUGGUACCCUACUUGUCCCUGCGGCUGGCCCAGGUCAGCGACCGCACACUUGUGGUGUUCCAGCCAGUGCCCAUCCGCAACCACUCCCUCCACCAGCAUAAUGGCGACCACCACGUAAUAGAACACGGCAAGCUCGGACACGUCGACGUCGUCAGCGUCCUCCAGAGUGCGGCCCUCACGCGCGAGAACUACACCGCAGAGCACAACAACGUCACCAAGUCCCAGCCGCUCAAGUCUAACAGCAGCAAAGCCAGCAGUGGCAGCAGCAGCAGCAGCAAAAGUAGCAGCAGCAGCAGCAGCAGCAACAGCAACAGCAGCAGCAGCAGCCACCAUGCUAGCACUAACAGCAACAACAAUAACACAGGCAGUAUCGUCACCCUCCACGAGUCAGCUGUCACACUGGCUGUGAUGGAGGACACCAAUGCCACGAGAAAGAAAGAGAACAACACAGACGGCGAUGACAAUGACCACGAGGAAGGCAAUUCUGAAAAGGCUGCUGGUCUGGAUGAGGAGAAGAAGGAAGCAGAGGAAAACACCACAACAGAGGACACUGCAGGAACCUCAGAAGCUCCAGCAUCAGUGGCACAAGUGGCUCUGAAGGCUGUGGACGCCAGUCCAUCCACACCACAGGCCACUGUGGAUAACACUACAACCACUACCAACACCACAGAAGCUCCCCACCAUGACAGCAACGCAACAUCUGUUACUCCCGCUGCUUCCACUGCUGCAGCAGUGUCUGCAUCCCCGUCCUCUGCAACUGUGUCCCAGGCUUCUGAGACUGGUGACAAGGAACCCACUGUUAAGACCAGUAAUGUGUCUACCAGUUCAAGCACAGUAGCACCAAACACCACCACUACCACAACAACCUCAACGACCACUAGCACUCGCCAUCCUCUUUCCCACAAGCUGGUCUAUGUUGCCACCACAGCCUCCGGCAACCAUGUUGGAGGAUUCUGUGUCUGGAAGACUGACAAGAACAUCACCCGCUGGUCUUACUUCUAUGAGAACAUCCCCAUUGAGUACCAGAGCCACUCAGAUUCCUCUGACCAUGAAAUGCGUGGAAUGCUGGCAGCUGUCCGCACUUGGGCCCCUCUCUGGAAUGACCACCAUGUUGUCCUGCGCUCACACCACCCAAGCAUCAAGGGCUCUGACCACCCCACCCGCCGAGCUCUUACUCGCGAACUGGAGAAGCUCUCUGAAGGCCGCUUCAGUUACGAGCUGGAAUGGCGCCUCAGGAAAACAGACCGUGUUGUCGACAUCGCCUACUGCCUCUCACGCCUCCAUCGUGACUAUGUCCAGUGGUACCGCACCUUCCAGGCACGUGUGGACGAGCUCCUGGGGCAGCAGAACUGGACCAUCGCACGCACAAAGAACAGAGCAGCCGUCUCGCAGGACGCCUUCCUCACAGACGAUCCUGAGGAUGAGGGGGUGAUCAUUCCAGGGGACAAGUGAACACUUGAGCUGAUUGCAUAAAGUCCAAAACAUAAAAUAACAAAACCUAAAAAAAAAAGAUUGUAGGAGAAAGUAAAAAAAAACAAAA